AUGAACAUAACAAUUAUUACAGGUAACAUUGAUCUGUGUCCACACAAACUUCAAUUACAAGCCCAGAGAGAUAAGGGAACACUUUCUCAAAAUGACCACAGUUGUUACGAACUUGUUCCAAAUGCUAAAGUCACCUGGCAGCAAGCUGAACAAAUGUGUUCCUCUAGAGAUGGCCAUCUUGUGUAUAUAACUAGUUCAAAAGAACAGAAUUUUAUACAAAACUUUAUGAAGAGACAUUACCCAGAUCAUGCUGUUUGGAUUGGUCUCACAGACAAAAAUACGGAGGGACAUUUUCAUUGGACAUCUGGUAUGCAAGUGCAGUAUACAAAUUGGAUUCCGGGACACAUUGCGAACUAUGCAAGCUCUAGUCAAGAAGACUGUGUUGUAUUGAUACCGUAUAAAAAUGGUCAAUGGGAUGAUAUACCAUGUGGGUAUACACAGCACUCCAUUUUUGGUGGCACAUAUUCCGGGGAAACCCAUCCUCUUUUGUGUGAAUACGGUAUUUCAACCGGACCAUCACUUAUCGGCUGAACAUGAUUGCAAUGAUGAUGUUCCUGUGAAUUAUUUGAGUGAUGAUAAAGAAAGUGAAAUUUA